UCAGUAAACAGUAGGUGCGAAAUAAAAAUACAUGUUACAUACGUAACUUAAAGCACCUAUGGCUCUUUUAUAAAACCAUGACAUUUUCUUUCGGAAAAUUAAAAAUCAUUACAACGUAAAAUGAAGAUAUGUGGUAUUCACUUGUUGUGAAGAAUAAUAAGACAAAUGUUUAUUAUAACUAUCUCAAAAAUUAAUGUUAAAUUAGCCAUCAACUCUUACAUAGUUGCAACGGUUUGUUGGAUUAAAAAAACUAGUAUUAUAUUAAACUAUUCUAUUUGAGACCAUUAAGAAUCAUAGAUAGUUGCACAAGUGUAAAAUGCAUGAAAUGCCGCUUCAUCAGUUUAAUAUUAAUCAGAUACGAAAACAUUUACGUUGUGAGACUCGUAGAAGUACGUCGCUCAGGCGACAUCGCUUUUUAUAUUGGCGAUUAAGGUAAAGCAUUAUGCAAGAUUGGAUAAAGAUAACCCUUAUACUAUGUUCCUUUGGAAUGUUGAGAGAGAUUCGGCCUUCUGAGCCGUUCGUGACUGAAUUCCUUCUUGGUGAAUGGCGGAACAUUACAGAAGACCAACUCAAUCGUGAAGUUUAUCCCAUAGGAACCUAUUCCUAUCUGGCUUUACUUGUUGUUGUCUUUUUAAUCACCGACUUUCUCCAUUUUAAACCAGUUAUAAUACUUUCAGGUGUCAGUGGUAUAUUGGUAUAUGCUGUGUUGUUAUGGACGUCCAGUAUACAAUGGCUCCAAGUGUCACAGUUCCUUUAUGGCUUGUAUAUGGCCACAGAAGUUGCAUAUUUGACAUACAUAUAUGCUAAGGUAGAUUCAGCAAAAUACCCAGUGGCAUCCUCGUAUACUAGAAUAGCGGCCUUAUCCGGACGUUUCCUAUCAGGUGUAAGCUCACAACUAUUGACACAUUUCGAACUUAUGGACUACAGACAGCUCAACUACAUCACACUAAUCGCACAAAUCUUGGCAACAUUUUGGGCUUUCUGGUUGCCCCCCGUGCCAUAUGGUAUUUAUUUCCAUAGACAAUCUAUAGACAAUACGUUUCAGGUGGACUAUACAAAAACCGACGAUAAAUCACAUUCCUGCCCAACAGACACUGUAAAGGAUACCUUCAUAAGGAACGUAAAAAACGCCGCGUUUCUUAUAUAUAAACACGCCCGUUUAGCGUAUACGCGACCCAAAGUCCUCGUCUGGUCCGCCUUGUAUGCAGCCACCCUAGCGUUGUUUGUACAGACUCAAACAUAUAUACAAUUAUUGUGGAAGCAAAUACAAAAAGGAACUGACAGUCCUGUGGUGUACAAUGGUGCAGUGGAAGCCACUCAGACCCUGCUAGGUGCGGUGGGUUCCUUCGCAUCCUCCCAUCUGACUCGCGCCUUAUAUCCAGGCCUUGCAGGUGUUGCUCAGGGCACAGCUGUAUUUCUAGGCGCCUUCAUAGAUAACGUGUUCGUGUCUUACGCCGGUUAUAUAGUUAUGGGUCUUUUGUACCACUAUAUUAUAACACUAGCGAGUGCCAAAAUCGCCUGCCAGUUGACCGACGAGAGUUGUUUCGGUCUGAUAUUCGGUAUCAACACCCUGGUCGGUACUGGACUCCAGUCAAUACUGACCGUCGUCUUAAUACAGAGUCUAUCAUUAAACAUAACCUCACAAUACUUCUCUAUCAGCGGUCUCUUCGUUAUCUUAGCAGCCGUGUGGAUAUUGGGAUUGAUGUUGCACGGUUGUAAACAGAAAAGAAUUAAUGCCGCCGCCCAGUAUUAAUAGAUAUUUGAAAUAAUUGUAUGAGAAUAUUGUUUAUAUAAGUUGUUGUAGAGAUAUAUAUUUUGUUGGUUGUGGUGUAGCAAAAUUGCGUUAAUUAAAUAUAUGUAUUAUGUU